UCUCUCCCUAAUAAUAAUAUGAUGUGGCAGGCUUACCCAGAAAAGGAGUACAAACUUCCAACUCCAACCUCUUUGUUGUUUUGCAUUAGAAAUCUUAGUUUUUGGGAUGUUGAAGAUGGCUCUGAUUCCUCUGUUUGUUCUCUUCUUUCUCAUCACUCGUUCUGUGCUUCCAAGCUCCGGUCAAGAAGAGACUGAGUUCCCUUUUAACAAUACGACGAACCCUGAAUGUGGGGUGCUCAGAGGGAAAUGUUCAGAAGAUGGGUGGAGGAUCCAAUUGAAACCAGAAGGGCACUGGUAUAGAGUUGAGGACAUCUCUCAGCCACAUUCUGUAGUUUCUAUUCUCGUCAAGGACAAAGCAGAGACCGAGGAUUUACUCGAUCGCUGUAAAUUGAUGAAUGAAUACUCCCUUCCAAGCCCUACCGAUUCAUCCCAUUUCUCUUCCUAUAACUAUACAGCUGACAACUUGUCAACUCUUUACACUUGCAGCCAAAAUCUUAGCGUUACUUCGAAAGAUUUUUACCAAACAAAGUGCGGAGAGUAUGAUUUCUACUUCAAUCCUCCAGACGAACAACAAUGUCCAAAUAUCACGCUUCCAUUUUCUCUUCCAGUUCCACAUCUAUCUCAUCAUCCACUUUCUAUUAAUUUCACUUUUCGAUUGAAUAUAAGUUUCGAAUGUUUUGGUUGUGACAUGGGAGGAGGGGAAUGCCGCAGUACUCUCCUAAAUCAUUUUCAGUGUGCUUCGCCCUCGCCCUCGCCCUCGCCAAAAGUUGUUUCAGGACUAAGCAAGCAACAAAAGUUGGGACUAGAAGCAGGACUAGGACUAGCGAUUGCUUUUGGUGGAAUUGGAACACUUGUGGUUAUGUUGAUCUACUGCUUUAGGAAGAAACAUAAUCAUGCUCAUCAAAGUAUUGAGGCAUUCCUAAAGAACUGUGGUCCCUUUCAAAUUAGAAGAUACAGUUAUUCGAAUAUUAAGAAAAUGACGAACUCAUUCAAAGAAAAACUAGGCCAAGGAGGCUUUGGUAGUGUUUAUAAAGGAAAAUUACAUGAUGGACAUCUUGUUGCAGUGAAGAUGUUAAACAAAUUGAAAGCCAAUGAUGGAGAAGACUUUAUUAACGAGGUCGCAGCAAUCAGUAGAACUUCCCAUGUCAACGUUGUCAGAUUGUUAGGAUUUUGUUUUGAGGGUGCUAAAAAGGCUCUCAUUUAUGAGUUCAUGCCUAAUGGUUCUCUUGAAAAAUUUGUAUACGAUGAAAAUGAAACUGAAGAAAGUUAUCAAUUGGAUUGGGAAACAUACUAUCAAAUUUCACUUGGCACUGCUAGAGGACUAGAGUAUUUGCAUCGAGGUUGCAACACACGGAUUUUACAUUUUGACAUUAAACCUCAUAACAUCCUUCUUGAUACAAACUUUAUGCCUAAAAUAUCAGAUUUUGGCCUAGCCAAAAUCUGCACAAGGAAAGAUAGUGUAGUUUCAAUGUUGGGUCCAAGAGGUACUAUUGGGUAUAUUGCUCCAGAAGUUUUCUCUAGAAACUUUGGAGGGGUUUCCCACAAGUCUGAUGUCUAUAGUUAUGGAAUGAUGGUUCUAGAAAUGGUGGGAGGACGAAAAAAUGUCAAUAUUAGAGUUGCUAACAGCAGUGAAUUAUAUUUUCUGCAAUGGAUCUACGAGCGCCUUAAGCUUAAAGAACUAGGACUCAAGAGAAUUAUAAGUGAAGAAGACAAUGUAAAAUCAAGGAAGAUGAUUAUGACGAGCUUAUGGUGCAUACAGACUGAUCCCUCAAGCCGACCAACAAUGAGUAGAGUCAUAGAAAUGUUGGAAGGUAGCCUUGACUCCUUGAAAGUACCACCUAAGCCUUUCUUGUCCUCCCCACCAAGAUCAUCACCCUCUGAUUCUUCUAACACACUUAUAUCUCUAUAAGUAUAACAUUUCAAACAUAUUUGGAUUUUAUACAAAAACUGUAAGAAUUGAAGAACAUAUUUGAAGAGCAAAUUGUCUAGCACAGUUUCUCGGGAAAA